AUGAAGAGCUCCACUUGUGGAUCUGCUCUGACUUCAGACAACAGGACUUCCAAUAAAUUGAAGCCUAAACUGUGUGCUGUAGCUUCAACCCCCCAGAAGAACCGCUCUUCCACAGCUCAGCCCUGUGAACGAUUUGCUUCGUCUAAAACGACCCAGCAGAGCAAAGAGGAGGAGGACGAGGCCGAGUGCAAGAAGAAGUUCUGCGCCGUCCCUGUUCCGGUUCGUGUCAUCCAGCCCAUCUACCACGAGAUGAUGGAGCUGAGGGAGAAGGAGAGAAAACAUGGCUGUGAGCAGAGAAAGCUGCUCUUACUCUCCACCCAGAAACCUUUCAGCUUUGAGGAAAGAGAAAAGAACAAAAAGGAGGAGCUGAUUAAAACUUUAAACCAAGUUCCUAAAAACAGUAUUUGUGUUAGAAAAACACACAAAGCCAUAAAGGAUUCAGCAGAGUUAAAAGUUUUUCAUGACCAGGAGGAAGUUUGUACAAAAGUCUACAAUCGAAUGGCAACGAGGCAGGGGAACUCAGCUCAGACUCAGGGCCUCACAAUCCGCUCUGCCGACCUCAGCAGGAAGCAAAAGCUGGGGUUCUUGAACGAGAAGCCGAGCUUCCAGCCUAAAAUCAUCCAUAAGGUCCCAAACUUCAGCCGGCUGCACAAGGCCCUGCGGACAGAAGCGCCGGACAGAACGCAGAGAAAAGAGGCAACAACGUGUCAACCCUUUUUCUUGAGGACGUCAGCUCUACCUGCCAAGAAAAACGCGGAGAGUCCAGAAACCUCACAGGUACCUAAAUUCAGUGAUCUUAGGAGAAGCAGGUCACUUGGAGCUGUACCGCUGAUACCUGCCGACACUCUCCCCACGUACAUCACAGAUGCUGCGAGGCAGCGCUGCACGGCCAUCAGAAAAUCGAUGGAGUUAAGGGAAAGUAAGAAUCAAGAAACGACCGACUGGUUGACGAGCUACAAGAUGAGAUCCCAGGCCAUGAAGAAGACUGUAGUCCUUCACGCAAAGUUCCUGGACCCCCACAGCAGCUUAAAAGACGUGUAUAGUGAAAAUUUAAAGCGCCAUCGAGAGGCCGAUCAGCAGAGAACGAGAGAAUACAUGAGAGAACUACAGGACAUGAAGGCUCGAGUCAGUGAACGCCCUUAUUUGUUUGAACAGGUGAAACAGAGAAAUGAAAAGGCCCGUGCAGAGCAGGCAUACAGGAGCAAACUGCAGAAGGCUGGGUUAGAGGAGAAGUUUGUUGAAGAAACCGGGGAAUCAUUCAGAUCUGAGGAUGACUCAGAAACUAACGACUCCAGCACUGACGACGAAAAGCAAAGCAGGGAAGAAAAUGUAGACGACGGGGAGAAAAUUGAAGAUGUGGAAGAGGAGAGCGUGAAGUCCAGAGGGGAAGAAAUGCCAUGAUCAAAAAGGAGGAGCUGUGGCUUGCUGAAGCUGUGGAGCAGAAGAGAGAGAUCCCUUUUUUCUCCUUCAGUGGCAUGAAUAUUAUCCCCAGUGCUGGAGAGAGAGCAUAU